AAAUGGGUCCAAUAGGUGCAGAAGCCGAUGAGAAUCAGACAGUAGAAGAAACGAAGGUAGAACUGUAUGGUUCAGGGCAAACCACACCUAGAGGAGAGCUGGCCCACGGCCCGGAACCUGAGCUCAUAGACAGCACCAAGCUGAUCGAGGUACAGGUGGUUCUCAUAUUGGCCUAUUGCUCCAUCAUCUUGCUGGGGGUAAUUGGGAACUCCUUGGUGAUCCACGUGGUAAUCAAAUUCAAGAGCAUGCGCACAGUAACAAACUUUUUCAUUGCCAAUCUGGCUGUGGCAGAUCUCCUGGUGAAUACCCUGUGCUUGCCCUUUACUCUUACCUACACCUUAAUGGGGGAGUGGAAGAUGGGCCCGGUCCUGUGCCACCUCGUACCCUAUGCCCAGGGACUGGCUGUCCAGGUGUCUACCAUCACCUUGACAGUGAUCGCCCUGGAUCGGCAUCGCUGUAUCGUCUACCACCUGGACAGCAAGAUCUCUAAGCGAAUCAGCUUCUUGAUUAUUGGCUUGGCCUGGGGCAUCAGUGCCCUGCUGGCCAGCCCCCUGGCCAUCUUCCGGGAGCAUUCACUGAUUGAGAUUAUUCCUGACUUUGAGAUCGUGGCCUGUACUGAGAAAUGGCCCGGGGAGGAGAAGAGCAUCUAUGGCACUGUCUACAGUCUUUCAUCCUUAUUAAUCCUCUAUGUUUUGCCUCUGGGCAUCAUAUCUUUUUCCUACGCCCGUAUCUGGAGUAAACUUAAGAACCACAUCAGCCCCGUGGCUACUAGUGACCACUACCAUCAGCGCAGGCAGAAAACCACCAAAAUGCUGGUGUGUGUGGUGGUGGUGUUCGCGGUCAGCUGGCUGCCUCUCCAUGCCUUCCAGCUUGCCGUUGACAUUGACAGCCAAGUGCUGGACCUGAAGGAGUACAAACUCAUCUUCACUGUGUUCCACAUUAUCGCCAUGUGUUCCACCUUUGUCAACCCCCUUCUCUAUGGCUGGAUGAACAGCAACUACAGAAAGGCCUUCCUGUCAGCCUUCCGCUGCGAGCAGAGACUGGAUGCCAUCCACUCCGAGGUGUCCGUGACGUUCAAGGCUAAAAAGAACCUGGAGGUCAAAAAAAACAACGGCCCCAAUGACUCCUUCACAGAGGUUGCCAACGUCUGAGGAAG